AUGUCUCGGUGCACACGUAAAGGUUGUGGCAAGGAGCUCACGCAGGACGACAGUGGCCCAUGCGUUUACCAUCCGGGCGCACCGGUCUUCCAUGAAGGUCUCAAGUCGUGGUCUUGCUGCUCCGAUGUGUACAAGCCCGUGCUCGACUUUGACGAAUUCAUGAAAAUACCGGUCGAUCAGCACACGACAGAGGCGCAAGCACCUCCCGCGAAGGCACCAGACGCCACCGAAGAGGCCCCGCAGUCUACCCCACCUCCAGCAGCAGCGCCGGCUCCAGCCCCCACAUCACUUCCCCCACCACCUGCACAAACAGCGGCACCUGCCAAGAAGCCCGCGCCUGCACCAGUCGUCGAGGAAGAAGACGAUCUCAGCGCCCCCGUUCCUUCCGGGACAGUGUGCAGACAUAAGGGCUGCAACACCGUCUUUGUGAGCGAUGAAGUGAACCGGCAAGGCGACGGCGAGGGCACCAUAUGCACCUACCACCCUGGCGUCCCCAUCUUCCAUGAAGGCAGCAAGGGCUACCUGUGCUGCAAACGCCGCGUCCUUGAGUUCGACGAAUUUCUCAAGAUAGAGGGAUGCAAGAAGGGUCGACAUGUCUUUGUUCCCAAAAAGGACCCGUCUGCACCCGUAGAAGAACAGACGGAUUGCCGAGUCGACCAUUACCAGACGGCCGACAAGGUCUACGUCUCCGUCUUCGGCAAGAAAGCAGACAAAGACAAAAGCAGCGUCAAGUUUGAGCCCGAGAAGGUGCAUAUCGACUUGAUCUUGCCAAAUUCCAAGCGGUUCACUCGCACUCUGGACCUCUUUGGUCCCAUAGCCGACGACAAGUCAACCAUACAGUUCUUCGGGACGAAGGUCGAACUCUGCCUGCAGAAAGCGGAUGGUCGAAGUUGGACACUCCUCGAAAAGACGGAUCGCGACCUCGGCAACAUCCAGUACACCUUCGGUGUCGGCGGUCGCACUGGCACCGUCGGCGCAAAGACCAUAGUCACAUAG